AUGAGCGCUUUGCGAUACGGGUGUCUAUUCUGGUCCUGGCAUAUAAAUGCAAUCGGUUCUGUCGCACAAUACUUGGACGCUAUGCCUCCAACCAGUCAUUUCCUCCAGUACUUCCCUCUGGUGCUCGAUACUUUCACUUAUGGCAUCUACUGUGCUCUCUUCGUCCAAUCCACUCAGAUGCUCAUAAAUCGGCGGCGGGCCAACUACAAGGUCUAUCUAGCAUGUCUUUCGGCGUUGUUUGGCUUGUCAACGAUGCAUAUCGUUGCGGCGUACACUUGGGCGUUCAUCACCGACACCGCGACGACCGGGAUUUACGAGGUCUUGUCCUUGAGGAAACGGCCACCGGACUUAUAUGGCGCGGACGAUCCUAUGGCGGUCCACAGGCUGGUGCGGGUGAUCAGAGCUCGAUAUGCUCUUGCAAAUCUCCUCGCAGAUGCUGUUCUUAUACACCGAUGCUAUGUCAUCUGGGGACACAAUUUGCGAGCCAUAGCGUUUUUGCUUGUUGCAUACAUUGUCAACAUAGGUGGUAUCGUUGUUGGAGCCUUGCCCUUUGUUGGUCCGUCAGAGCGGAUCGCAAUAGCGGUUUGCAUUGGCACGACAUUUUUCACCAAUGUCGCUGCUUCACUUAUGGCGGCUGGCCGCAUAUGGUGGAUUUCUCGUCGGGCAUCAGUUGUCUUGAGUCGAGGGUCCCGUCGGAUGUAUUACAAUUUGACGGCAAUCCUUCUUGAAAGUGGACUCAUUUACCCAAUAUCUAUCGUCAUAGCCAUCGCUAUGUUUGUCGCGCCGCAGACUUCCACUGAGGCUGUCUUGAUAUCCAUUGCGCCCAUCUAUCAUCUUGUGGCAAUAGCACCGACAUUGAUCAUCGUCCGAGUUGGGCUGGGGAUGAGCACGGAGGGCGUUGACAGAGCCGUCACUACUGGUCCGGAUCGCUUUGGGGGUCCUGGGAGUUUGCAUUUCUCUCCUCCAAUGACGGAUCAGGUUGGGACUAUCGAGUUGGGAAUUGGGGGAGAUCUUGAAAAUAGCGUGAGCACGGCCACGCGGACGCUGGACAAUAGCUUCAAAGUGUAG